CCACGUCUGGUCUUGUCGGUCGAGCAAAAGGCGCAGACAGGCAACCUGCACGUGAACGUUUCUCGAUCCCCGGGUCUGCGUUUGAGGUGAACCCGACGCCCCGUGGAGAGACAUGUCUGCGGCUUUAUCGCGCGGCCUCUGCAGGGCCUUGACCCGACAGGCCGCUCCGUCCAGCCUUCUGUUGGGGGGGCAUCACCGCGCUGGACUGAGUCCCUGGUUCGCUCCAGUCAUGACGCUGAAGACAUCUGCCCCACUCCGGGCGGAGCCCAAGAAGAAGAAGAAGGUUGACCCGAGGCGGGAGCACAUGUUGAAGGAGAGGAUGAAAAAGAAGCUGAAGAAGAUGGAGAAGGUCGCACCUGAGUUUAUCCCCCUGGAGGACCUCAUCACUCCGAUGAAAUGCUUGGAUGAAACAAGGGAACGCUUUGCACUGAGGCUGUCAUUUGGAGAAAGCGAGGGUCGCGCCCUGCUGCUGAAGGAGUGGUGUCGAUACAAGAAGGAGCAGCACAUGGCUGAAAUGCAGGCGGUUGAGCUUGCUCUCGAAGCGCAGAGGGAGGCGUUGGAGGAGCUGAAGUUAGAGUCUGAGGAGCUGUACCUGGCGGCGCUGAAGCCAGACCCGUUGCUGUUUCCCUUCACCCACGAAGGGCCCGCCUACACGCCGCCGAAGAGCAAAUAUGAAGCUCCUGAAGGGAAAUACAUCGAUGUCACUAAAGUGUACACGCAAUGAUGGACAGGUGGAGGGCUGCGGGUGCAGCCUGUGUGUAUUUAAUGUCCUCGUUUCUACACGAUUAGCCAACAUGCAGCUUUCACGUGAAAGACACUUGGCAAAUGUUUUUUUUUCUUCUACUUUCUUGAAUUGUUCCGUCACUCUGUAUGAAAUGUAACAUUCAUGGAAAUUAUGCAUCGUUUCUUUUCCUCCACAUUCGUCUCCGUAUAAAACGGAAGAAAUGGAAAAUAAAAAAAAUACUUUUAAUACAUAAA